GUGUCCGCGGCACGUUCCUCCUACACGCGGGUCACGUGGCACGAGCCAGCCCCUUCCACCAGUGUGCCCGCUUCUACGCCGACAACCUGCCCCUGCUCACCAACGACUCCUUCACCAGUGACGUCAACACUCUGCUGGAUUGCCCCUGCUCCCAGGCCCGGAUGGGCAGCCAGUGGACGCUAGUCAGAAGGCAAGGGGAGGACGAGGAUGCGGUCACAUGUUUCGCAAUCAACCCGGCUGUCAGGGAGAAGUUCUUCCCGGGGAAUUAUCUCAAUAAGCUCUGUUGUUACAACCGGCCCUCCACACAAUCCAGCCUUCUGACGGCUGGAGAUGAGGCGUACUUCCUGUCUAGCGGGCCCUCUUCCGGCCACAUACUGACCGUUGACCCCUUCUGGUGGCACGGUGACCCCCGGAGGUCAGAGGAGGAGGACAUGAUGCCCCAUCGGUGGUGCUGCGAACAGGCUGACGAGACACAUUGCCGGUUCUACUACAAGGUCCGGCCCAGGACUCCAUGCAGGGCAACGGCGGGAUAUACGUCUGCCAUGCUCAUCGCAGCGAACCAGGAUGGCGUGAGUACACAAUUCAAUGACGUGACUCGCAGUUUUCAGAGGUCAUUCUCGUCUGGCCACCUUAUGGUCACCAGGGAGGAGAGAAAUGGCGGGUCCUCCAGCGUCUUAGUGGCCAGCUUCUCGUCAGGGGCCAUAACCGCCUCCACCUCUGUGUUCGAGUACAGCGACCUGGAGAACUUCCCCGACUUCCAGCACGGAAACUUCACCCCGACCUUCCUUGACGAGGUGGAUGAUAAGAGAAAGAAGGAGGCGGAGCAGGCGUGUGGAGGGUCACGUGACGUUGCCUGUGUCUUUGACCUUUUGACCACUGGCGAUCAGCUGUUUGCCGACAACACCAAACUCUCCAACCAGCGGUCGGUGCGGACCAAAAGGGAGACUGAGAACGGACUACCAUCUGUGACAAUCCCUGGAGCCCUGAAUGACGACCUUUGGUUCAACGUGACGCUCGGCCAACCUCUGACCCUCACGCUCAACGGCUCCGACCCGGACGGUGAUCUGCUGGGCUUUCGCUUGAUGGGAGACCACCCUGACGUUAUGGUGGACAACGCAACAGGAAAGGUGACGUUUCCAGCAGAUUUUGACUACGCCAACGUCAGCACUGUCGGUGUGGACUGUGCCGAUGACCGUGACGGUUGCCUUGGGGCGCCAUGUUCAGUGGGCCAGAACUGCUCUGACGUCACGGCCGUCAAUGAAGAACGGACAGGGAAAGGUUACACGUGUGGGCCAUGUCCGGCCGGCUACACUGACCAAUCAGAGAUUUGUACAGAUAUCAACGAGUGUAACAACGCCACGCUCAACGCCUGUGCCCACAAUUGCACCAACACACAGGGCUCCUACAGCUGUAGCUGUGCCCAGGGCUACGUGUUGGCAGAUGAUGGGAAGAACUGCAGAGAUAUCAACGAAUGUGUGGACAGGACGGCCGAGUGCCAGCAAUCGUGUCUUAACCACGGGGGAGGCUACUCGUGUGGAUGCCAGGACGGCUACAACUUAGCGUCAGACAAAAUAUCCUGUGUACUAGACCAAAGCUACGAUGCAAUCUGUAAUCGAACCGGUUGCCAACAGAUCUGUCGUGUGGACAACAAUACCAAGAACGCAACCUGUGACUGCAUGACUGGCUAUACUCUGAAGUCAGACAAUGUCAGUUGUGAAAAAUGCGAAGACGGUUACUAUGGAGACAGCUGUAAACAACAGUGUAACUGCAACGGCCACGGCGACUGCGACAAAAUCAAGGGUUGCGUGUGCUCCUCGGGUUGGCGUGGGCCGGGCUGUCAGGAAGAUAUAGACGAAUGUUCUGACGGGGGGUCAAGGUCACCGUGCGCCGACAGAGAGCUCUGCGUGAACACCCCAGGCUCCUACCUCUGCACCUGCCCCAAGGGCUACUUUCGAUCAGAGGGCAACUCAGGAUGUGUUGACGUGAACGAGUGCGCCGGGAGAAAUUACCGACAACACAUGUGGGACGUCAUCCUUGAACAGUGUCACAACAUAGAGGGGGAAGCUAAACUCCUGCAUUACUGUAAGCCUGGGUACGCCCGCAACUUGACCAGUCACUUGUGUGAAGACGUGGACGAAUGUGCCACGGGAAGCAACAACUGCGAGCAACUGUGUGAGAACGUACCUGGCCAGUUCAACUGCAAAUGUCGCUACGGUAUGAAACUUGCAGACGACAGGAGAACCUGCUACGAGGUAUGGGAUGUGUGCAGUGAGUUUGAGAACCUCAACUGUAGUCAUGGCUGCACCGUGGACUUGAAGACAGAAGUGGCUCAGUGUUUUUGCCAUUGGGGGUACCGCUUGAUGGGGCUUGAGCAGUGUGCUGACUGCCCUAAAGGGACAUGGGGAGACAACUGUAGUAAUGCCUGUGCCUGUACUGAGAAUACUGAAGAGUGCAGUCCCCAGAAAGGCUGUGUUUGCGAAAAAGGAUUCACAGGCAAAUACUGUGAGAAGGACAUCAACGAGUGUGAGACGGGUGACCUCGUGUGUGGCAGUUUGGAGACCUGCAGAAAUACUCGUGGCAACGCCAGUUGUGAGUGUACACAGGGAUACCAUCGGGUGAAAGGACUCUGUGAAGACAUUGAUGAAUGUAACAGCCGUCUAACAAACGACUGUGACCAGGUGUGCAACAACGUCGAGGGAAACUAUAGCUGCUCCUGCUUCAAGGGAUUCCUCUACAACUCUAAUCUCCGUCUGUGCCUUGAUAUUGACGAAUGCUCCUCUAAGGUGCGACGCUGCGACCAGAACUGUGUGAACACGCUCGGGGGAUUUCGCUGCUCCUGUGAGCCUGGCUUUCGACUGGACUCUGAUGCCUUCUCCUGUAUAGGAAAGACGCAAUGUUCGCCAGGUCACAACUGCAGUGGGACAUGUGUGUUUAUUGACAACCAAAACCGUUGUUACUGCCCAAGGGGUAAAAAGCUGAGCCAAGACAACCAUACUUGUGAAGAUGUGGACCUUUGUAACCCCAACCCGUGCUCCGACCACUGUGAGGAGACACAUAAUGACCAGGAUUUCGUCUGCACUUGUCCCAAUGGCACCAAGUUAGCAGACGACAGGGUCAGUUGUCAAGAGUGCCCUCCCUUUAAGUGGGGACAUGAGUGUGUCAGUGAAUGUUUGUGUUUGGUUCCCAACACCAUAAAGUGUGUCCCGGAGAAUGGCACUUGCAUUUGCCUGGAUGGCUGGGAGGGAGACAACUGCACACAGGAUGUGGAUGAGUGUUCUGCAGAUCCUGAUGUAUGUGCAGACAUUGGUCACAGUCAGUGCGUCAACAGUGACGGGGGGUACCAGUGUCGCUGUCUGUCUGGCUUCUACAAACUUAACGAGACCACGUGUCAAG